AACGUCGUUUUGAAUAGAAUCCACCAAUCCCUGACAAGACCUACCCCUGCACGACGAAAGAACAGCGGCAGAGUCGCGCCGUUUUGCGCAUCGAGUUGGCGUCAGUGCCGAAUUCCUCUAGUGUGAGCAUGUCGUUUGUCCGCUCCAUUGUCCGCCAAUUCAGCGGCGAGUCAAGCAUUGAGACAGUGCAGCAGAAAGAAGACUACGAGCGACACCAACGGCUGGAGUUGUUAAAGGCUCAGAAAGAUCUGCGCCAAGCCAAUGCCAUGUAUCGCGGAGGAGGCAGCUCGCUCCAAGACGAGUUGGUGCGCCGGUCAGCAACGGUCCAACGCGGUGAUCGGCUGCACCACGAUUCGUUCGAAUGGGUGUCCAGGUCUCGAGAAAGUUCCUUUGAAGUGGUAUCUCGGAACGGAUCGUUCGAUUUGUGCGAAGAGCCCGAUGCGGAACCCUAUGUUGUUGUCGUCAACUCCCCCUCUACGCCCGAGCAAGCAUGCAAGGAGCUGGAAGACCAGAACGUAGCUGCCAGUGAUGCCACCUCUCUCUUCGUCCAGCGCUUGGUGGCAGACAUGAUCGAGGCUGCCGUGGCGCAGUGCCUCGUCUCGCGUGUCGUCAAGGCCGCUGCGGUCGACUACUCCGACCGAUGGAUUGCAGCUGGCACCCGAAGUAGUGCUCGUCGAUCCACGCUCGCGAUUCAACUCGUCCGAUCCAGCACCAAAGCUGCCCUGGACUCUGUGGCCCGCAUGCAGCUUGAACGGGAGGCGAUGGUGGCGGAAGACUGCACUGUCUCGUUAAUGCAGAAGCGUCGGUAUCCUUCGAGGGUCAACACCCCAGUGGAGUCCGCGGACAUGGAAGUCAAGUGCCGACAUGCUGCCUUGGCCACAGAAGCGUUGGCGGCAUUCUAUGCGGCUCGUGCACAGAAGAAGCUCGUGCGGUCGGAAGCCAAUCGAGGUGCCGAGGCGCUGAAACUGCGUGAAAUGGCCACACCUUCGAGCAGUUGGGCUAAAGUACUGCAGCUCAUUGACAACCCAGAGGACCACGCGUCGUUUGCGUCCAUGCAGCCCCCAGUCGCGCGAAUGUUUAGUGUGUUGCGCACGAGCGCGGCGUAAAUAUGCAAUUAUUUGUCUGAUGGGAAUACAUACAUUCUGAAACAGAUGUCGCUACAGAACGUUCUACGAACCUUCG